AUGUUGAAAUGCCACAAUCUGGAAAAACAAAUAAAAACAGCCUUAUCCGCUCCCGGGGCAGCGAAGUGUCUCCACGCAUUAGCACACUGCACAUUUUCAGAGCGGUCUUGGCUUUUAAGAUAUGCUGCAAAGGGGGCAGGCCUGGCAGUUGCUCUGGGCUUGCUGUGCGCAAAAAAUGUGCGCGGAGCUUGCCAAACGGGGCCCAGCGAAGUAAAUGCAGAGGCGGCGAGCGCUCAAGACUUUGAUGGCAGCCUUGCCAUGCACGCCCACACUUUAGAGGCCUUUGGGGCGCAUUCGGGCAAUGCAGAAACGGAUGCAUCUUUUCUGAUAAAUAAUGCGCUGUCACAUGAGGAAGUAGCUGCAGUUUUUGACAGCAUAGAGAAAGAAGCUUUUCCCGAAUUCGCAGAGCCUGGUCUGGCUCUAGAACUUGUUUUGGAUUCUUUCUGGGAUAAUCAGCGCAAGCGGCCUGCAGAGACAAAUGCAAGCGCACAUCUAGAGAAAAGGCCUAAAACCCAGGCAAAAGGCCUUGAGCCAAGCGCCUUAACGUGUGCCGCGGAAAGCGCUUUGGAUCCAAGAGAACGCAAAGAAGGGGCGGGCGGUGCAGGGCUGCCGACGACCCCGGAGUACGUGGACACAUGGGACCAGGCGGGGCCUUCUAGCGUGGCCAUCAGCGCAGCGCAUAAAAGCGCCUUGUCUACAUGUGGAGACGCGCCAAAUGAUGCAUUGACGCGCCCGCCGACCAAAAGUGCAGUUCUAGGCAUCUACACGAGCCGCAGAGGCAAGGACCGCAUGGACGAGUAUAGAAGAUUUUUUUGUUCAGACGGCACUAUUUCAAAGCAGGCCGAGCUCUGUAAAAUGCAGUCUUGCGAGGUUCAAAUAGAUGCCCCCACAGAAGAGAUGGUAAAAAAGUGCAUAGAGGACAUCAAGGGGGUGUUAAGCAAGAUCGAUGAGUACAGCAGCGUGUGGAGCUUUCUCUAUUUAUAUCUUUUGGACAAAAAGCAGAUACUGGCCAGUCUAAAGAUUUUGAGCGUGUGCUACGAGUUUAACAGAAUACCAAAAAAGAUACUCACAGGGUACUAUACCGGGUUUUUUGACGACCUUUGUAGAUACAUGUGCGAAAAUGGCCCCAGAGAGUUUUUGAAGGCAUUCGGUGCUGCGCCUUCAUUUGGCCUUGGCGAGAAAAGAACGCUAGGAGACCAUUUUAUAAAGACACACAGGAGCGCCAACUUCAGUUCCCCUUUCAAUUCAACCCGAAUGAAGGAUUACAUCAUGUGCUUAGAAGGCUUUGAUGUUAUGCUGCGCUUCCCAGAGGUGCUGGACGACUUCAAAUAUGUCGACAAAGAUUCAUUUACAGAAACCAUAUCCCGGAUAUGCGCAGACACGCCAAGCCAUAGCUCUGCAUAUAAAAAAAGCGACGCCGUGAACAUAUUAAGAUAUCUGCAUGCAAAAGUGAACAUGGAUGAAAAAAUCAAGGAAAAUGGCUAUAAUCAGUGGGGAGACUGUAUUGAACGGCUUCUGGUAGAGAAAAGGAAAGCCCCUGGCUUCACUGCGGAGAGCAUAUAUAUGCAGGGAUAUGAUGCGCUUGUGCUAUUCUACAAGCACUGCCCAUGGACAUACAUGCGAAGAGACGCCAUUGAAGCGCGCGCCAGCCAUAGGUUCCUAGGCAAGUGUGCGUUUGUGCACGAAAAGUAUGUGCGGUGCUGCCUGGGCUUAACAAAGCUGGGUGAAAACAAUUAUUCGGCACAAAGUGAGAUGCUCGUCACAGUGUAUGGCUAUCCAGAUAUGGAGCCCCCUGCCGCGCACUACCAUGUGCAUUUUAUAGACAACCAUGCACAGACGUAUAGGAAAGUGUGCAUGCCUUUGUACACUGUGGACGAUCGUGCUGUAUGGCUGCAUACAGUGCAGAACAUUGUCAAACACGUGUCUGCUGUGUUUGAGCUAAAGGAGGACAGGGUGUAUCCUUUUCUGUAUAGCCGUGCGUCGGGCGCGUGGACGCUGGCUGCAGGGGAGGACCUGCUGAAAACCACAAAAAGCCACAGCAUAGAAAACGUUGUUGUGGUAUUCUACCACAUUCCGGAGGGCCUCAUUGACAACCACUUCACGUUUUCGGUGUUUGCAGACUUCAACCAGAAAAGGCUCUCAAAGGAAAAGAUAUACAUCCCGUUUUUCCUUUCGCCCCUGGUCAGAACAGCGCUUGUUUUAACGCCAUACACCGAAAAAGAUUCACUUUGCCACACAACUGUGUCUUUGGCCGACUUUGCAGAUGGCGGAGUGCGUCCGUCGGUUUACAUUUAUACAAGCGCUCCAGAAAACGCACGCUAUAUGAAGGGCAAGGGAGAAUACAAGCAUUUUAGAAAAACAUACAGCAAAAUGUGGAUAGACAGCCCAAACACCGUCCCGCUGUGCUGGAAGCUAGGAUAUAGAAUGGUUUAUGUCUCCGCGGAAAAAGCCAAAAUAUUCUGGUACACAAAGACGCAUGAGAACAAGGAGGUAUACAGCCACUACAUUCUAAGAAACACAGAAAGUACUUGGAGUUCCCUGAAAAAAAAAGAGCCCUUCGCAACUGACCAUCUUUUUUCCUUCUACCAAACUGAGAAGACACAUAAGUCGAUGCUAUUUCUGUUCUUUCAAUCGAAAAACAGCACUCUGUUUGAAACCAAGAAGCCUACAUUGAGCAUAUUUCAAGAGCUAGAAACAAUCCCCAUUAGCUGCGACUUUCUUCUUUUUGUUAUUCGCAGCCGGAACGUGUUUGACUACCAGCUUCGCGUGCACAAUCAACUUUUACAGUUUUUGUUUUACAAGCGGAAUUACUGUAGAGAAAGCGCAGCGUCCUAA